GCUUGGGACGCCGCUCUCUACUCUAUCUGGCUUCGUUUGCCAAAUGCUUGCUACCUCGUAGCUUCUUUUCCCCAUACAUUCGGGAUCCUAUCCCAUGGGCCCUGCGAGCUGCAGGCGACGCCAGACCAUCACCGUACCAUUCCAGACCAUCCUGUUCCUGCAUCUGCAUAUGGCCCCCCCGCCCCCUGCUCGAGUGAAUGGUGGAGAUGGGAUCAGCGUUUUCUGCGAGAUAUAUCACCUUGCUCUCCCACCUUGACUUGAGAGGCACUUACUUCUUGUUGAGCUUAUUCCGACUGUUUGUGUGAAAUUGUUUCGUUUGUGUUCUUGGCUUACACUGGGCAAUAUCUAAUCCCAUCUUUCGAGAUAUCAACUGUCUCUUUUACUAUCGUUUACCUAAUUACAGUUUGCAAGGCUCUGGAGUCUUUGCUCUGCUUUACUUCGACUACACUCCUUAAUCCCUGCCAACCCGGCCGCAUCCCACAAUGGCCGCUCGAUCCGCCCUCCUUCUCCUCACCACAAUCGUACCAGCCUGUGUAUCGGCACUUCAAGUCACGCCUAAUUCGCCAUGUGCGUCCUUCUGUCUGGACUCCAACGGCCUCGAUGCCUCGGACCCCAACUCGUCCAACACCAAGGGCAAGGACAUCACUUGUGUGGAUGACGAUUACAAGUCAGGGGCCGCUGGACAGAAAUACCAGCAGUGUUUGAGCUGUCUCCAGGACAGCACCUUUGUUCAGGGCAAUGAGAACGACCAAGACUGGUUUCUGUACAACAUGAGAUACUCUUUCGACUAUUGCAUCUUUGGGUACCCCAAUGCCACCGGCGUGGGCUCCAACCCCUGCCAAACAUCUACGGCAUGCGGCGCGUUGGAGGCUGCUCUCACGGAUGGUGAACUGGACCCGAUAAAGUCAUCACAGUACGCAUACUGCGACGCGGAUGGCGGUGCCAUGCUCGGCUCAGCCUACGACAAGUGCUUGUCAUGUGUAAGAGCGGGUGGUGAACAUUACUACCUCUCAAACUACCUCGUUGCUCUCGGAGCUGGCUGCCAGCAGAGACCAAACCCAGGCACGCUAGUCGGCCUCAACGACACCGUCUUCACAAAGGGCAUCAUCACCGUCGUCGACCCAAAGGAUGCAGCAGAUGCCGACAAAGCUGAAACUCACACCCUUCCCAUGACAGCCAUCGUGGGAAUCGUCAUCGGAGCCAUCGUGGCACUCCUCCUGGCUGCCGGCUGCACCUUUAUCCAGUGCCGCAAGCGCAGAGCGCGCAGAGAAGGCCGCGGCAUCAACCCAGAGCUCUCUCGCCGCGCAAAGGGCCAUCGCCCGGCCUCAUCCCUCUCCUUCCGUUGCCAGACGCAUCUCACACCGAAACAACCAAACUUCUUCUCCGUAGAAGAAGAAGAGGCGCAAAACGAGAAGUAUCACUACGAGUCCAUGCAGCAGAAUCAACACCAACAGCAAGACAUGUCCCCCAGCCCCGUAUCAAAACCCAGUCUCUGGAUGCCGCACAACUCCAUCUCCUCCUUCACAGCCGGAGACCACAUCCCCUACACAGACAAGAAACCCACCCAAAAGGAACCCCUCACCCUCGCAAACAUCACAACAAGCCUCCCCAUCAUCCCCGUAAAAGCACACUCCCCGAAAUACAACAUGGCCUCUCCACAAGACGAGUACGCCACCCCCACGUCAACCACCUCCGCGGCGCCCCUCCUCUCCUUCAGACCCUACGUCCCCUCAGAGCACGGCUUCUCGACCCCGUCAAUGGGCCAAGCCGCGACCUUCAGCCCGUCUGCAAACACCAACACGUAUGCCUCCCCGACCUCGGGCACGACGGCGAGCCCCUUGCUAAGCCAGGCCGGCUGGCCCGCGCCUGCGCAUAAUCGGCACAUCCACACCGAGUCGUCGCCGCCGCCCCCGUUGGCAUCGGAUGCGCCCAAGACUAUCCCCGGCAUCGUGCGGGAUUUGGCGCGGCCGUUGCCAAAGAGGAUUACCUCGCUGGGAGGCAGCCCCGUAGAGAGCUACAAGAUCCAGGUGGCAUUUCCGCCGCCGCCUCCGCCCAAGAAGAGAUAGUUGUCAUGUCUAAUCCUAUCUAAUGGGCUCUUUUUGUGGUUUCAUUUGUUACAAGUCACGGUCGGUAGCGAGUGGCGUUUUGGAGUAAAUUUACAAUAUGACGGAGUAAGCGGGCACCGGAACACGAGGUUCAUCAUACCCAAUACCAGACAAUAAUACCAAUCCCAUACAGACGCCUCACUUCAUCUGAUCAAGUCACUCCCAUGGCCAUGCAUGCACUAUUCAUCGUACACGAAUCAUAAUAUUCCAAACAAGUCUCUUCUAUGGGUA